AAACUUAUAUUAAUACUAUUGAUGAACUUCUUGCAACUGAAGAUAUUCUUUCUGAAUUUGAAAUAGUUACUAUGAUACUUGUAAAUAAUAAAAUUAAAAAUAAUAUUUCUUCUGAUUCUGAAGAAAAAGAAGAAGAGUUAUCUCCAUCUCAUAUUAUUUCAACUGAUGUAUUAAAUACAUUAAAAACAUUAAUUAGAUAUAAAGAAUAA